AUGUUUCUUUAUACUAAUUUAGGGUGUAUCGGGUGCCCGAGAGGCUGGCACUGCUGUGGGAGGUGGUGGGGGAGAUGUGUGUGCUACCGGCCGGGCUGGCACAGCUGUUGCUGGAGAAUCCCCGACUUUGCCUGUCAUGCCGCCAACGCCGUCUGCUGGGCAAUAAGGACGGCUAUUGACUUCGCCCUGAGGGUCGCAAUCUGGGUGGUGGACUAUAGCCGACACAUCCUCGACAUUGCCAAAGCUGCCCUGCACAUUGCAAGGGGCGUGGUGUACGUGGCAAGACACACUCUGGAUCUCGCUAUUGCAUUCCUCGACGGCGUGAGGCAUGCGUAUCGUGUGGGGGUGAGGGCCAUCAGUGCAGUCAUUAGUUUUGCUCUCACAAAGAUCAUCAACAUCAGAGAGAUCUACUUCAAGGUGGGGCUGGGAGUGGCCAGUGGUGGAGAGUUUGAGUGUCGAGUGAAGGGAGUCCUGCUGGGUGGAAACAUUGACAUCAAUUUGAGGAUCAACACUUGA